GGCGCAUCACUUUGCUUCAAUUCUUGCAGCAUCUACUCUUUAACAAGAACAGAUUUUUCAUUUUCCAUUUUCCAUUUUUCGGGUUUAGUGAACUCGAAACGAGGGAUUAGGCGAAUUUGCAGGAGUGAUCGAGUCAACAUCCAAUGCUGCCUCUUUCCCCAACAAAGAUUUGUGUUUGUGAAGGAUUGAAAUCCUUUUCUCCACAUGGGAUGAGAUUUGAUGCAAACUGCUUUAGUCUUGACUUAGCUUCCUCUAAUUCAUGUCUUUACCUCAACAAUCUUGGAAACUCUAAACUGUUCAUGUCUGCUUCUCGGUCGUUAUAUCGAUCUGGAUUGCAAAAUUUAAGACAAUGUGGGCUGAGUAGUUACCGAGUUGGGGUGAAAGAUGGAGCACGCUGCCUAGGAUCGGAUAACAUCGUGUUUGUAGAUGACCAGCUAGUGGAUUUUCUUACGAACACAGUUGAUAAUGCCGAGGCGCUUCCUGUUGAAUCAGUUGUGCCUUCUCAUCUGGUAUUUCAUUCAUUCAACGUGGAUGAAGAUUCACUAUCGUAUCUGGAGGCGAAACUGUCUGAUAUUGUUUCCAAAUUGCGCGAAUCUGCUGCUGAUGCAUCUAAGAUAGGAGAAAGUGUUCUGGAAAAUACCAAUCGAGCAGUGAGUGAUUCCAUCGAUGAGAUUAUCUUGUUUGUCAAAAAAUCUGCAGGAUCACAGUCGCCCGGUGAUAUGUUGUCUGGACUAUCAACUGAGUUGAAGGAAGCAUCAGGCAGAGCCGGGCCUUUUGCACUUGAUGUUUUAAGGGGAACAAUUGUUGUAGGUGAAGACUCUUUGAUACGAGGGGGGAAAGCUGUCGGAUAUGCUUACAGUUUCGUGAAGGGAUUUCUCCCUCCACAAGUCCGAGAAGCAGUUGGUGUAUCCGAAGAAAGAGUAGAGGAAGUACUAUUUCCUGUUGGAACUGCACUUCAUCAGGUUUACAUGGCUGUGGAGGGAUUUGAAGAAAGUCUUGGCCUCAACCCUAAUGAUCCACUCGUUCCUUUUGUUCUUUUCCUUGGACUCUGGGUGACUCUAUGGGCUUCUUAUAGGAUAGUAAAAUAUAGUGGAUAUGCAGGAGAUUUGUCUCCUAAGUCGGCUCUGGAGCUCAUACAAGGGAAUGAAAACGCUGUUCUUGUAGACAUUCGACCAGAGAAUUUCAAGGAAAGAGAUGGCGUUCCUGAUCUUCGAAGGGCAGCUCGAUUUCGAUAUGCCAGCGUGACACUUCCUGAGGUUGAUCGCUCCACGAAGAGGUUGCUGAAGGGGGGACGAGAUAUUGAAUACACAUUGCUAGCUGCUGUUAUCCGUAACCUUAACAUAGUUGAUGACAAGUCUAAAGUUUUAGUUAUGGAUGCUGAUGGAACUUUCUCGAAGGGCGUCGCAAGAUCACUGAGAAAGCUUGGGACUAAGAAACCUUAUAUUGUCAAAGGUGGCUUUCGGGCUUGGGUGAAAAACGGGUUACGUAUUAAGAUGGCAAAACCCGAGACAGCAUUUACAAUACUUAAUGAGGAGGCUGAAGCGAUAUUGGAGGAAAUUAAACCAACUCCACUGAAAACCAUUGGGUAUGGAGUGGGUUUUGCUGCAGCGAUCUAUUCAAUAGUAGAAUGGGAGACGACCCUGCAGUUUAUCGGUGUUAUUGGUCUGGGCCAGAGCCUAAUCAGACGAGUUGCUUCAUACGAGAACGUAGAAGAUUUGAAGCAGGACGUGAGGCUGCUGCUAACUCCAGUGAGACUAGGAGGCCAGGCAAUAUCAUGGGCAGCGGGAAAGGGGGGGAGCAACGGCGAUGGACUGCCCAUGUCGCCUUCAUCAUCCGACAUCCAAAGCAGGGUGUUGCAGGCAGCUGCAAAGCACGAAUCUGUACAGUCGGAUGAUGAGGAAGGAGCAGAAGCUUCAGCCGAGAAAGAGCGAUGAGAAUGUUAUUCCUUUAGAAGAUGGAGGCCUCUCUUUGAUGAAUGUUUGCUGCUUAAAACUUUGGCCCUUGCAGGAUUCUGAUACAGUUUCCUAAAUUUUGAGGGGAAGCAAAAUAUUUGUAAUUCAAAUAAUCGAAUCAAAUUGAAAUAUAUCAAAUUUGGUUCAAAUCUUAGGAUCACAUCUGAUUUCUUUAUUUCUAAAUAUGGAUUUUCGAUGUC